GAGGAAAAUGAAACGAUCGGAACUACCUAGAAGGAUUUACCAACCUUCUAUAUAACACCAGUUUCACAAUUUUGCUAUCAAUCAAUCGGACAAAUCUUGCAGUCAAAUUGUAAGAAAUCAUCUCAAAAUACACUCGCAGGGAAUUUUGAAGACUAGACAAUGGAUUUCAAGAUUUUUGGUUUUGGUGAUCCAUUUUUCUCAGACAUGUUUGAUGCAUCAGAUCAUGAAGUUGAAAAGUCGGUGAACACACCAUCAAAGAGAUAUGUAAGGGAUGCAAAAGCUAUGGCAGCAACACCGGCUGAUAUCAAGGAGUAUCCGGACUCGUUCGUGUUUGUUCUUGAUAUGCCAGGGUUGAAAUCGGAGGAGAUUAAAGUUCAGGUUGAAGAUAACAACGUGCUUGUUGUGACGGGAAUGAGGCGAAGGAAAGACGAAAAGGAGAAAGAGGUUAAAUACCUUAGGAUGGAAAGAAGAAUUGGAAAGUUUAUGAGGAAAUUUGUACUCCCUGAGAACGCUAAUAUUGAUGCAAUUUCAGCGGUUUGUGUUGAUGGUGUUCUCACCAUUACUGUUCAGAAAUUGCCACCACCGGAACCCAAGAAGCCUAGGACUAUCCAGGUUCAUAUUGGGUAAACUAAUUUGGGGCCGGGCAAUUACUAGUUUGGGUUCAAUGAGAAAAAUGAAUGUAUCUUUUAGUGA